CUACUAAUAGACUAGAGGGCGCACCUGAGCCCGCAGGUCUCACUUGACACAAGACCGCGGCCCAACCCGGUUCCACCAUCGCGUAGUUUGCUCUUAACUAAUCGGGCCUACAGUUUACAUGUGUCAUUCAUUCUGAGUGUUUACACCAUGGAGGAUCCUUGCAAGUAUCCUGUUUUCUUCGAGUGCCCCUCUUUGGACGGAGAGCAAAGAAAGAGGAUAGAAAACUACUUCCAGAUUCGCCGCAAAUCAGGAGGAGGAGACUGCAGCGCAGUGACAAACAUAAAUGAUAAAGUUUACAGCAUUGCUUUUAAAGAGCGAGAUGCUCAGCAAAGAGUCCUGCAGAGAUCUGAACAUGUGUUGGAGUUUGCAAGUGGUCCUCUGGUGCUGACUGUGCGAGACAGCCCUGAACCUACAAGCAAGAAAGUUAGCCCUACACUGGACUUAACUUCAUCACAGCAGAGCCCACAGGCCAUUCCAGCCUCAACUCCUCCACCAAGUGGUGAAGAAUAUGAACUACAACUUGAUACUUACCUCCUUCGUUACCUAAAAGAAUGUCCCAAGGCUGGGAAAGAACUAGAGAAAGAACUUGCCUCUGUGGCCUGCUCUGCCCAGCUUUACCCAGAGGAGGAGAGGGUUUUAGUCAGGAGUUUAGCUCAACCUGGUGCUGUAGAUGAAGCUAGAAAUCGGAAAGUCAAGGUAGGCAAAAUCUUUGAUGGCUACCUGUGCCACUAUGAGAUGGACCCUCACAAAGUUAAAGCUUUGCUUCAGUCUUGCAGCUCUGAUCAGACCACAGAUGAGGUGAAAGUGUACAGCGAGCUUGGGAUGGCUGUUGUGGUUGGGAAACAUUCUCAGGUGAACGCCAGGUUGAUGGAUGUAGAGGACAGGUCAGGUUUAAGUGAGACGCAAACCAGCAUUCGUCGACUGGGCAAGGCCAAGCUCCGCCUCCUCUGGAAAGAGAUUGAGCACAGUUUGCGACGAGAUUUUCCAGGAGUGAAGGUCACGCAGGGAGAUGCAGGUCAGUUAGUUUUGGAAGGCUCUGUGGAGGAGAUUCUUAGGGCUGGAGAUUGGAUCUCUGAUAAGGAGAAUUUGGUGUUAGAAAGGACAGUUUCUGAUAGGAGCCCACAUUUUUUGGCCUUUCUAAGGAAGGCAUACGGAGGUCCGGGGGUGCUAAAUGACUUUUUAGGGGUUGGUAACAAAGUGGAAGUAGAGUUACGAGACACAGAGCUACGUUUCUUCACACUCUCUGCUGAUAAACUGGAUGACACAGAGAAAAAACUGCAAGAAAAAUUCAAGGAAGUCAAGAUUGAUGUGCCUAACUGCUCUGCUGUGCCAUCUGAGCUUCGGGAAAAGCUGAAGUCCAAGACAAAUGAGAUGAACCAAGGGCAACAUAGGGCUCAGGUCGUGUUUGGCUCAGACAGCGCAGUGUGCUUACUGGGCCACACGAAAGAGGUUGAAGAGCUGAGUGACGAUGUCAUACAGUUUAUUUUGGACCAGUUAAGCAUAGAAGGCAAAGUCAUUCUCCCUUUCCCAGAGUUAGUACAACUCUUACCAGAAUUGCUGCAACUGCACAAGUUUGACUAUUCAGGGGUUACCUUCCAUCCUUUAACAUCUUUCUCUGGGCCCAUGGUGAUGCUGGAAGGUCCAUCCCUCAAAGUGACUGAGGUCAGGAACAGGCUGGGUCCAUUUCUGGACUCCCUUGUUCAGGGUAAAGUCACCAUUGACCUGCCAGGUGCAGUAAGAUAUUUUAAAAGUCCCUCUGGAAGAGAGAACAUUUUAAGUGUUGCUCAUUCUCAGAAGUGUCUCAUACAGCUUCAAGAACAACCUAACACUACUAGACAGAAUAUGGCAUCUGGUGCACAUUUAAGUAAAGGAGGCACAACAGUGGCUAGCUACAGCCUUCGUGACGGGCUCCAGGUGCUGGUGUGUCAGGGUGACAUCACCAAACAGGAUGCUGAUGCCCUGGUGAACGCUGCCAAUGAAGACCUGGACCACUGUGGAGGUGUUGCUGCUGCCCUGAGUAAAGCAGGUGGCCCUCAGGUGCAGAAGGAGAGCAGAGCUUUAAUAAGGCAGACAGGAAAAAUCCCUACAGGUGAAGUGGUAGUGACCACAGGGGGGGACUUAAACUGCAAGAAACUGCUGCAUGCUGUUGGGCCUGUUGGUGGAAAAUCAGGUGGCAGAGAAUGGGUGUUACUCAAAAAAACUGUCCAUUCUGCUCUGAAUUUAGCAGAAAUCAUGGAGUUCCAGUCUAUAGCCAUGCCCUGUAUCAGCUCAGGUAUGUUUGGUGUUCCUGUCACUGUGUGCUCUGAGGCUAUUGUAACUGCUGUUAAAGAGUUUGGCAGUCAGGGAGGGCGAAGUCUGAGCAGAAUCAUCCUGAUUGAUAACAGAGGAGAGGUGGUGAGGGCCAUGCAGGAAGCAUGUGACAGACUUUUCCAAGGGAUCACUGUAGGAAACAUUACAAGUGAUUUGGGGUUUGGGAUAGGUGUUGCUGCCCAAAACACUGCAAGAGGAGCCACUGCAGCUCCUGGAGACGGUGUCUAUGUCAAGGUCAUUCAGGGAACCAUCGAGACCCAGCAGGUGGAUGGCCUGGUAUCUCCUAUGGUUGGCCAUGAUCCUCUCUCUACCCGUGUUGGAAACGCUUUGUCCAACAUGGUUGGACCUCAGCUGACUGCAAAGUUUCAUAAGGAAGCAGAUGGAGCAACAAAGCCUGGUGACACAGUCCUGGUAGAGGGCUUGCCUGCACUUCAAUCUAAAGGAGUGUUCUUCCUCAACCUCUUUCCCUGGGAUAAUGACCGACAUGGAAAUGCAGUCCAGGUUCUGAGUCAGAGCAUCAGAAAGAUUCUGGCUUCCUGUGAGAUCAGAGGCUUCAGUUCAGUUGCUUUCCCUGUGCUUGGGACCGGUGCUGUCUUGUGUUUUCCUCACAGUGUGGCUUCCAAGGUUUUACUGGAGGAGCUCCGUGUAUUUGAACAGAAUCGAGCCAGAAGAACAUCUUUCCUGGUCCGUAUUGUCAUCCACCCCAAUGACAAAGAAUCUAGCAAGGCCUUCCAGUCUGCCCAGGAAACUUUGCAUCUCAGAGGAUUCACGAACGAUGCUAACCCAGACCAAGCUUCCUUUUACCGCCAUGUCUCGGUAACUAAUGAUGAGGUCACAGCCAUGCUGGGUGGAGUCAAGCUUCAGCUGGUCCAUGGUGACAUCAUUAAUGAGAGCACUGAUGCAAUUAUCAACACAACUGACUUCUCCAACAGCCAAUCCGGUGUGUCCAAAGCCAUUCUGACUGCAGCAGGGUCCACUGUCCAAGCCGAGUUAGCACAAGUGGGCAUUCCAGCAGACUACAUGUGCACCACAGGACCCGGGUCGCUUGGGUGUAGGGAAAUCAUUCAUGCUAGUUUUAAGUGUGACCCUCAGACGAUUCGGAACUAUUGCAAAAAGAUACUGAAGCAGUGUGAGCGCAAAGGCUACCGCUCAGCAGCCUUCCCAGCUAUCAAUACUGGUUUGGCUGGUAUGGACUCUGCCAAAGCUUGUAAAGCCAUGCUGGAUGGCAUAACCUCAGCUAUAACGGGCUUGAAACCAAAUUCCCUCUCACUCAUCCGCAUUGUCAUCCUGCGACAACCGGUCUUCCAGGCAUUCAGAUCAGAGCUGGAGAACCGCUUUGGACGAACAGCCGCUUGCAGCCUCAGCCUGAGAGAAAAAGCUCUACAAAAGCUCAGGAAGUGGCAUGACAAGUAUUUAAGAACCUCCACAACUUCAGCACCUCAAGGCAAAACCUUUAUCUCCAUAAAGCCACUGCCAGCUGUGAUAAGUGUGAUUAGUUGUAGUCCUGACACCAUCAGGACCAUCAAGGGAGAUUUGGAGGGGAUCCUGCAGAAGCAGCUGGUAGAGAGAGAAGUGGAUGUGAAAGAUUUGUCCAGGCUUGAUGCCAUGGAGCUGGAGGCAGUGCAAGCAAAAGUCAAAGUCUCAGAAAUAAGCCUGGAGUACAGGAGAAGUCAAAGUUCUGAAGAUGUGAAUGGCAACAGAGCAAGAUACUCAGCAAGAGCUGAAGCUAGAGACCGGUCAGGAGGAGAGGUCUGCGUGCUGAAAGGCCUAAAAGAGGACGUUUUGAGCGUCAUUGAGCUUGUAAACAGAGCAAUCCAAAAAGCACUUUGCGAAGACCUUCAAGAUAAAGAAGAAGCAACGUUGGCUCUUACUGUCCAGUGGUCGAUUCAGGAUAUAAAUGGAGACUGGCACGAGCUGAGCCUGCAUGACAACUAUGUGCUGGAGGAGGCUCACGUGAAGAAACAAGUGUUUGUUGAUAUGAUGGCAUCAGACGGCAUGAUGGUGAAAAUAAACCUGAAGACACAAGAAGCCACAAAUUGGCAAACAGGCAUCACGUUCAAAGUGAAAAGGAACAAGUCUGCAUUAUCCAUUGAGUUGCCAACACAAUGGGAACCUAUGGACGAAGAAGUCUUUAAAAAGAUCGAGGUGCAACCUAACUCACCAGAGUACCAGGACGUAGCCCAGGGUUUCCUCAAAACAGCUAAAUACAACAUUCGCAAAAUUGAGCGUGUGCAAAACUUCUACCUGUGGCAUGCCUAUACUGUGUGUAAGCAGCGUAUACUUGCCAAGAAUGGUUCAGCAGACCUUGGGGAGAAGUCUCUCUACCAUGGCACAUCAGCAGAGUCAUGCAACUGCAUUGAAAGGGACAGAUUUGACAGGAGCUUCGCAGGAACACAUGCUGCUGUAUAUGGAAAGGGAGUUUACUUCGCAGUCAAUGCAAGCUAUUCAGCCGCAUAUUCCCCAGCUGAUGCGUCAGGCCUGAAGCGGCUGUAUGUUGCUCGUGUCCUGACCGGCCGUUACACAGUCGGUUCCUCUUCCAUGAAAGCCACACCUCCUCGAGGCUCAGACCGCACUGACUGCUUCGACAGUUUGGUGGACCAACAGCAGAAUCCCACCAAGUUUGUGAUCUUCCACGAUGACCAGGCCUACCCAGAAUACCUCAUCACCUUUGACUGAGGAAAACUGCUAAAAGUCACAGUUCAGUACCUUUUUUUUCCUGAGCUGAUUUUAAGCAGUGUUAAUUUCUCAGCAACACAGAAACACUUUAUAGUAUAACAAAAACAACUAGAUGUGGUGACAAAUAAGACAUGAUAUCAUCUUAGCUGAACAAGCACAGCACUGCAACAGAUUAUGAAGAAGGCAUGUAGUAAAUUAGAACAUUCACUAACUGUAUUGAACAGCCUUUUAUUGAAAGCCAAAGCUGUACCACAAAGAGACUCCUUGAAAUUUUCCUUUUCCUUUUUGGAAAUCCUUUUUUUCUGACUUGCACAAGUCUGCUGAUAUAAAACCUGAAAUUAUAUUUGCUAUCUUCUGAAGCUGAAAGCUACAUGCAAUACGGUAAAAUGUUAUGUUAGCAUAAUGCCACUCCUAUUAUUAUAACUUUAAUUUGGCAAAGAUUGUUCUUUAAGGGUUAUUUUCAUAUGUUAUCUUAUUGAUAGUAGUAUUUUACACAGAACUAUAUUUUGUUUAAAAAUCAUUUUGAUGUUUGAUGUCAUGUAUGAAGGCCAUGAUAGCAAGAUAUUUUCAAUUCCAAUUAGUUUAUGUAUUUAGCAGUGUGAUUUCAGAAUCAGAAUCUGAAAUACUUUAUUGAUCCCUGAGGGGAAACUUUCAGUAAUAGUGUACAUAUAUUAAUGUCUCUUUUUUGCACAUUAUUCAUCCAGUUAUCUUAGUGUGAAAUGCUAACAGAUUCUGUAUUAUGUAAAAUAUGACGUACUGUAUAUAGCUGACGCACACAUUUUAACAAUGCAUGCAAAAGUAGAAUAAGCCUUAAUUCCUUUAUUCUUAUUAACAUUAAACAGCCCGGGGUGAACCCAUCUGAGCCAUGGUAAUUGAUUUAUUGAAAGUGCUCACACUUUAUUUGGGAAGUACAAUUUUGAUUUUAGACUUCCCUGAGUGAAUACAUUGCUACAAAAGUC